CGCCUCCCGCCCGCCCGCUCGCGGGGCCUCCAGUUCGUUGCACAUUCUCUCCUGGCGGCGGCGCCACCUGCGCCAGCGAGCGCCGGAACAUGGCGACGGGGAUUAGCUGCGGGGAGCCGUGGCUCCCUCUCCUCUUCGCCCUCAUCGCGCUCUUGCCCCCCUGGGCUCUGGCCGAGACCCGGAGCCUGCAUUCGGCCGGGGGCCGGGCUGCGCUGCCCCAGGAGCGGGGCUUCUUCGUGCUGCAGGGCGGCGCGGGCCAGCCGGGGCUGUCCGGGCGCAGCGGCGGCGGCGGCGGCGCAGGGGAUGCCGCCGGGGGCGCGAGCCGGACGGCAGGGGAGCUGCCGCCGGCGCCGCCGCGGACCAAGCGCAGCGCCGCUGCCCAUCAGCCCGAGCCUGUGAAGGUGUACGGACAGGUGAGCCUGAAUGACUCCCAUAAUCAGAUGGUGGUACACUGGGCUGGAGAAAAAAGCAACGUGAUUGUGGCAUUAGCCAGAGAUAGCCUGGCACUGCUGGGGCCUAAGAGCAGUGAUGUUUAUGUGUCUUACGACUAUGGGAAAUCAUUCCAGAAAAUAUCGGAGAAAUUCAACUUUGGUGUGGGAAACAACACCGAAGCUGUGAUUGCUCAAUUCUACCAUAGCCCAGCAGACAACAAACGGUACAUCUUUGUGGAUGCCUAUGCCCAGUACCUCUGGAUUACUUUUGACUUCUGCAGCACUGUUCAGGGUUUCUCCAUCCCAUUUCGGGCAGCUGACCUCCUUCUGCAUACCAAGGCCCCCAACCUUCUCCUGGGCUUUGAUAGAUCUCACCCUAAUAAGCAGCUCUGGAAAUCCGAUGAUUUUGGCCAGACCUGGGUCAUGAUUCAAGAACAUGUGAAGUCAUUUGCUUGGGGAAUUGAUCCAUAUGACAAACCCAAUACCAUCUACAUUGAACGGCAUGAACCCACAGGCUUCUCCACUGUCUUUCAAAGUACAGACUUCUUCCAGUCCAGGGAAAACCAGGAAGUGAUCUUGGAGGAAGUCAGAGACUUUCAGCUCCGUGACAAGUACCUAUUUGCCACAAAGGUGGUGCAUCUCUUGGGCAGUCAGCAGCAGUCUUCCGUCCAGCUCUGGGUCUCUUUUGGCCGAAAGCCCAUGCGAGCCGCCCAGUUUGUCACCAGGCAUCCCAUUAAUGAAUAUUACAUUGCGGAUGCCUCAGAAGACCAGGUGUUUGUGUGUGUCAGUCACAGCAACAACCGCACCAACUUGUACAUCUCUGAGGCAGAGGGGCUGAAGUUCUCCUUGUCCUUGGAGAAUGUCCUGUACUACAGUCCUGGAGGAGCAGGCAGUGACACCUUGGUGAGGUACUUUGCAAAUGAACCCUUUGCUGAUUUUCACCGAGUGGAAGGAGUCCAAGGGGUUUACAUUGCCACCCUGAUUAAUGGGUCUUUGAGUGAAGAGAACAUGAGGUCAGUCAUCACCUUUGACAAAGGAGGAACUUGGGAAUUCCUUCAGGCUCCAGCCUUCACUGAAUAUGGAGAAAAGAUCGACUGUGAGCUUUCUCGUGGCUGUUCCCUGCACUUGGCCCAGCGCCUUAGUCAGCUGCUGAACUUCCAGCUCCGGAGAAUGCCCAUCCUCUCCAAGGAGUCAGCUCCCGGACUCAUCGUUGCCACUGGUUCAGUUGGGAAGAACAUGGCGAGCAAGACCAAUGUGUACAUCUCUAGCAGCGCUGGAGCCAGAUGGAGAGAGGCUCUUUCUGGACCUCAUUAUUACACGUGGGGUGAUCAUGGAGGCAUUCUUAUGGCCAUUGCUCAGGGAAUGGAAACCAAUCAGCUGAAGUACAGUACCAAUGAAGGGGAGACCUGGAAAACAUUCAGCUUCUCAGAGAAGCCUGUGUUUGUGUACGGGCUUCUCACUGAACCUGGAGAAAAGAGCACCGUAUUCACCAUUUUUGGGUCAUACAAAGAGAAUGGGCACAGCUGGCUGAUCCUGCAGGUUAACACAACGGAUGUGCUAGGGGUUCCAUGCACUGAGAAUGACUAUAAGCUGUGGUCACCAUCUGAUGAACGGGGAAACGAAUGUUUACUGGGGCACAAGACUGUCUUCAAACGGAGGACUCCACAUGCAACAUGUUUUAAUGGAGAAGACUUCGACAGGCCAGUGGUGGUGUCCAACUGUUCCUGCACAAGGGAGGACUAUGAAUGUGAUUUUGGCUUCAAGAUGAGUGAAGAUCUAUCAUUAGAAGUUUGUGUUCCUGAUCCUGAAUUUGCCAGUAAAUCCUUCUCCCCUCCUGUGCCUUGUCCUGUUGGCUCUACUUACAGGAAGACAAGAGGAUACCGAAAGAUUUCUGGAGACACUUGUAGUGGUGGAGAUGUUGAAGCCCGCUUGGAGGGAGAAUUGGUUCCCUGUCCUUUGGCUGAGGAGAAUGAGUUCAUCCUGUAUGCCAUGAGGAAAUCUAUCUACCGCUAUGACCUGUCUUCUGGGGCCAUCGAGCAGUUGCCUGUCACGGGGCUGCGGGCGGCUGUGGCUUUGGACUUUGACUACGAGCACAACUGCUUGUACUGGUCUGACUUGGCCUUGGACAUCAUCCAGCGUCUCUGUUUGAAUGGGAGCUCUGGGCAAGAGGUGAUCAUCAAUUCAGGCCUGGAAACAGUGGAAGCUUUGGCCUUUGAACCUCUCAGCCAGCUGCUUUACUGGGUGGAUGCUGGGCUGAAAAAAAUUGAGGUGGCCAAUCCAGAUGGAGACUUUCGACUUACUAUUGUCAAUUCCUCUUUGCUUGAUCGGCCCAGGGCUUUGGCCCUCGUCCCCAAAGAAGGGUUGAUGUUUUGGACUGACUGGGGUGACCUGAAGCCUGGAAUCUAUCGGGCCGACAUGGAUGGAUCCUCCAUCUAUCGCAUUGUUUCUGAGGAUGUAAAGUGGCCCAAUGGAAUCUCGGUGGAUGAUGACUGGAUCUACUGGACAGAUGCAUUUCUGGACUGCAUUGAGCGCAUCAACUUCAAUGGCCAGCAGCGCUCUGUCAUCCUGGACAGCCUCCCUCACCCUUACGCGAUCGCAGUCUUUAAGAGCGAAAUCUACUGGGACGAUUGGUCACAACUCAGCAUCUUCAGAGCUUCCAAGUACAGUGGGUCCCAGAUAGAGAUUUUGGUUAGCCAGCUCACAGGCCUGAUGGACAUGAAGAUUUUCUACAGGGGGAAAACCACAGGAAGCAACGCCUGUGUAUCCAGGCCCUGCAACCUGCUGUGUUUGCCCAAAGCCAACCAGGGCAAGAGCUGCAGGUGUCCUGAGGGUGUAUCCAGUAGCGUCCUUCCAUCGGGGGAGCUAAGGUGUGACUGCCCUCGGGGCUAUGAGCUGAAGAAUAAUACUUGUGUCAAAGAAGAAAACACCUGCCUCCGCAAUCAGUAUCGCUGCACCAACGGGAACUGCAUCAACAGUAUUUGGUGGUGUGACUAUGACAACGACUGUGGGGACAUGAGCGGGAGGAACUGCCCUACCACCGUUUGUGAUCUGGACACCCAGUUCCGAUGCCUGGAAUCUGGGACUUGCAUCCCACUGUCCUACAAAUGUGACCUGGAGGAUGAUUGUGGAGACAAUAGUGAUGAAAGUCACUGUGAAGCUCACCAGUGUCGAAGUGAUGAAUUCAACUGCACCUCAGGAAUGUGCAUCCGCUCCUCCUGGGUGUGUGACGGGGACAAUGACUGCAGGGACUGGUCUGAUGAAGCCAACUGUACAGCCAUCUUCCACACCUGUGAGGCCUCCAGCUUCCAGUGCCGCAAUGGGCACUGUAUCCCUCAGAGGUGGGCGUGUGACGGAGAUGCCGAUUGCCAGGAUGGUUCUGAUGAGGACCCCAUCAACUGUGAGAAGAAGUGCAAUGGAUUCCGUUGCCCCAAUGGUACCUGUAUUCCAUCCAGCAAACACUGUGAUGGGCUCCAUGACUGCUCAGAUGGCUCAGAUGAGCAGCACUGUGAGCCCCUGUGUAGUCGUUUCAUGGACUUUGUAUGUAAAAACCACGAGCAGUGUCUCUUGAACACCAUGGUGUGUGAUGGCAUUGUCCAGUGUCGUGAUGGCUCAGAUGAGGAUGCAGCUUUUGCUGGGUGUGCUCCUGACCCUGAAUUCCACAAGGUUUGUGACCAGUUCAGUUUUCAGUGUCAGAAUGGAGUUUGUAUUAGUUUGAUUUGGAAAUGUGAUGGGAUGGAUGACUGCGGGGAUUACUCAGAUGAAGCUAAUUGUGAAAACCCCACUGAAGCACCAGACUGCUCUCGGUACUUCCAGUUCCGGUGUGAAAAUGGGCACUGCAUUCCAAACAGGUGGAAAUGUGACACGGAGAAUGACUGUGGGGACUGGUCUGAUGAAAAGGAUUGUGGAGGUGGAGAUUCACAUCUCCUUCCCCCCAUCACGACGACAAGGCCUUCCACGUGUCUGCCCAAUUACUUCCGCUGUAACAGUGGUGCCUGCAUUAUGAACAGCUGGGUAUGUGAUGGGUACAAAGACUGCCCUGACGGCUCUGAUGAGGAAGCCUGCCCGACCACUGCUAACGUCUCGUUGACCUCCACCACUACCCAGCUUGGACGAUGCAGCAGGUUUGAAUUUGAGUGCCAGCAGCCAAAGAAGUGCAUUCCCAAUUGGAAGCGCUGUGAUGGUCAUAGGGACUGCCAGGAUGGCAUGGACGAGUCCAACUGUCCUACACGUAGCACGUUGACUUGUGUCAGUGGACGGUAUAUGUGUGAGGAUGGAGAAGCCUGCAUCGUCCUGACAGAGCGCUGUGACGGCUUCCUGGACUGUUCUGAUGGCAGUGAUGAAAGAAGCUGUACUGAGGAGACAACUGUAUAUAAAGUACAGAAUCUCCAGUGGACAGCUGAUUUCUCUGGUGAUGUUACUUUGACUUGGACACGGCCGAAAAAAAUGCCAGCAGCAUCCUGUGUGUAUAAUAUCUAUUACCGGAUGGUUGGUGAGAGCAUGUGGAAAAUAUUGGAAACUAAUAGCAAUAAAACCAUCAGCAUCUUGAAAAUCCUCAAACCUGACACCACCUAUCAAGUCAAAGUGCAAGUCCAAUGUCUGACUAAAGUGCACAACACCAACGAUUUUGUCACCCUCAGAACCCCAGAAGGACUUCCAGAUGCUCCUCGCAAUCUCCAAUUAUCGCUUCACAAGGAAUUUGAGGGUGUGAUAGUGGGUUACUGGGCACCCCCUGCCAAUACCCAUGGACUUGUCCGAGAAUACAUUGUGGAAUAUGGUAGAAGUGGUACCAAGAUGUGGGCCUCCCAGAGAGCACCUAGUAACUACACCGAAAUAAAAAAUUUGUUGGUCAACACUUUAUAUACCCUGAGAGUCGCUGCGGUUACCAGUCGAGGAAUAGGAAACUGGAGCGAUUCAAAAUCUAUCACCACCAUAAAAGGGAAAGUGAUCCCACCACCAACUAUCCACAUUGAGAGCUACAGUGAAAAUUCUCUCAGUCUCACCCUAGUAAUGGAUAGCAACUUUAAGGUCAAUGGCUACGUGGUGAACGUCUUCUGGGCCUUCGACACUCAUAGACAAGAGACAAGAACUUUAUUCCUACAUGGAGAGAUAACAUCAUACAAAGUGAACAAUCUAACUGCCCAUACCUCCUAUGAGAUUUCUGCCUGGGCAAAGACAGACCUGGGUGACAGUCCUCUGGCUUUUGAGCACGUGAUGACCAGAGGCACUCGUCCACCCUCUCCUAGCCUCAAAGCCAAAGCCGUCAAUCAGACCUCGGUAGAGUGCACCUGGACUGGGCCAAGGAACGUGGUGUAUGGGGUUUUCUACGCCACAUCCUUUCUUGACCUCUACCGAAACCCAAAGAACCUGACUACCUCAUUCCACAAUGCCACAGUCAUUGUCAACAGAGAUGAACAGUACUUAUUUCUGGUUCGGGUGAUAGCCCCAUACCAAGGCCCGCCUUCUGACUACAUUGUGGUGAAGAUGAUCCCAGACAACAGGCUCCCUCCUCGACACCUUCAUGCAGUGGACGUUGGCAAGACCUCGGCUGUCAUCAAAUGGGAAUCGCCAUAUGACUCUCCCGACCAGGAUAUGUUAUAUGCUGUGGCAGUUAGAGAUUUAAUCCGAAAGACUGACAGGAAUUACAAAGUGAAAUCCCGGAAUAGCACGGUGGAAUACCCGAUUACCAAAUUGGAACCUGGUGGAAAAUACCAUGUCAUUGUGCAACUUGGAAACAUGAGCAAAGAAGCUACUGUGAAAAUUAAUACAGUGUCAUUAUCCGCACCAGAUGCCUUAAAAAUCAUAACAGAAAAUGACCACGUUCUUCUCUUUUGGAAAAGUCUAGCCUUAAAGGAAAAGUAUUUUAAUGAAAGCAGGGGUUAUGAGAUACGCAUGUAUGACAGCGUGAUGAAUAUCACCGCGUACCUUGGGAACACCACCGACAAUUUCUUUAAAAUUUCUAAUCUGAAGAUGGGCCACAAUUAUACUUUCUCAGUACAAGCAAGAUGCCUUAUCGGUGGCCAGAUCUGUGGAGAGCCUGCAGUACUUCUCUAUGAUGAGUUAGGGUUCGGUGGGGAUGCAUCAGCAUUCCAGGCUGGAAGAUCGACCGAUGUGGCUGCCAUUGUGGUUCCUAUAUUAUUCCUGCUUCUGGUGACCGUGGGGAUAGGGUUUGUAGUCCUAUACACACGGCAUCGGAGGCUGCAGAAUAGCUUCACUGCCUUUGCCAACAGUCACUAUAGCUCACGGCUUGGUUCAGCCAUUUUCUCAUCAGGGGAUGAUCUUGGAGAUGAUGACGAGGAUGCUCCCAUGAUAACGGGAUUUUCAGAUGACGUCCCCAUGGUUAUAGCCUGAAGAGUGUUCCUCACUGUAAACCAAAUGGUGUAAAUAUUUUAUUUGAUAAAGAUAGUUGAUGGUUUAUUUUAAAAAAAAAUGCACUUUGAGUUGCAAUACGUUAUUUUUAUAUGGGCCAAAAAAGAGG